UAUGAUUUUUCAUUGCCAAUGACGAAUUCUACGACUCUACAAAGCUCGAUUGACGGAAAAAAAUUAUUUGUAAGGUUACCUUUGUACGAUAUUUUUAUUUAAAUUUAUUUAUAAUUUUACAAUUUUCAUCCAGAUGUGAUUUUCAACACUAACAUUUAAGUUUGAAAUCGGAGUCGCAGUUGAAGGGUAUAUUUUAAAUGUCAAUAAAAUUUUAGGGUGACAAAUUGACAAAACAGAAAGUAUUUUAUUUUUGAUUUAAGAUUGUAAAAAGAAAAAAGAUUCCAAAGAAUACAAAAUAAUAAUAAAAAGUUGAAAUGUUUAUACAAUAAACAAAAAAUGACGAAACAUUGUGAUAUUUGUAAUAUCGAUUUACUUGAUGAAUACGCAUACAAAGGACACUUGUCUGGAAAAAGACAUUUAAAAAAUGUUCAACAAAUUGAUGUCACAUCGCGAUCAGUUUAUAUUUAUUGGGGACAUAAUCAAUUUGUUGUUGAGGAUUUUUUAACUUACCUUUCGAGUUUCGAUAAAGUUGUGGAUCACAAAUUUGGACCUCAUCUCGACUAUGGUAUCUUUCAAUUUAAAGAAACCAAAACGGUGGAGAAAUUAUUAAACACAAGAUUAUUGUACAAUGGAACCAAGUUAGAAGUGAGACCGAGGACAAUUACAAAAAAUACUAUCACGAGGAAUGAGGAGAAAAAUGAAAACGACGAAGAAACAAAGAGCGAAAUUGAUUUUACAAAUUUGAAGCCUAUUUUUGAGAGAAAGACAAGUUUUGACGAUCAAUUGGCUUCGUUUUUAAAGCAAGUCGCCCUAAGUGACUCCGAAAUUGAGGGAAUGUACGAUCAAGUGUGCUUUCAUUUAAAUCGACUAUUUCGACAAGCAUUUCCCAAGUGCAGGACUUAUCGAUUUGGUUCAACGGUGACCGGAUUGUGCUUUAAAAAUUGCGAUCUCGACAUUUACAUGAACAUAGGUGAACAAAUUAGCAACGACGAAAACGAAAAGACUCCCGGAAUUUUGACUUUCCGAAGAGUAUUUUCCGACGCAAAGAAACUUUUGUUUCGAAAGAGUCACUUUUAUAGUAAAGUAAUACCAAUUCCCCGAGCGAAAACGCCAAUUAUCAAAUUUUUUAACAUACCAACAAAAACAUCGUGUGAUUUAUCAUUUAGAAAUAGUUUGGGCGUUCACAACAGUCUUUUAAUAAAACACUAUUUAAAAUUUGAUCCCCGCCUCAAACCGUUGAUGAUGCUCAUUAAAUAUUGGGCGAGAGACUGUGAAAUUUCAACGGAGACUUUGAGUGGAAGAAUUACUAAUUAUGCUCUAGUUUUGUUAUUUAUUUUUUAUCUCGAACAACCGAAUGUUAAUUUGGUUCCUCCUAUAAUGAAAUUAAAGGAUUCGUGCAAAGCAGAAAUUAUUGACGGAUGGCAAGUGAAUUUCAGUAAAAAAAUCCAGCAUCAGGCGGAUAACAAAAAAUCAAUUCCUGAAUUACUUCACGGAUUUUUCGAAUUUUACGCCAAUUUUGAUUUUAAGGAAUUUGUCAUUUGUCCGAUUGAUGGUUGCGCACAUGCGAAGGAGUCUUUUGAUAAUAUCGAUAGUCUACCAAAAUGCAUGGACAGUUACAAGGAGUACGUAAAAAAUACCGAGAAUGCAUACACCUUUAAUAUUCAAAAACCAUUGUGCAUUCAGGAUCCAAAUGAACUUAAUCACAAUUGUACCGGCAAUGUCACACCUUUCCUCCUCGAAGUUUUUCAAAGGCACGCCUCAACAUCCGCCGAAGUCUGUGACAAGUCAUUAAAAAAUAAUGAUUCUUCUCAAUUGCUAUUGAAUCUCUUCCUAACAAAACCCGAAAUCACGAAACCAAAUACAAAGAAAAUUGUCAUUCCAAUAAGUAUUCAGAAUUUUCUCCAUAUCGAAACAUCAGAUAAUGACAAUGGCAAUGACAAUGAUAAUGAUAAUGAUAAUUCAACGAAAACGAUAAAAGAUGGAAAAUUCCCAAAAGAAAAUUUAUUCGACAUUGUCUUGGAUAUUGUAAGAAAUAUCUUUGUUAAAGUUUAUAAAAUGAAAGUCGAACUUUUAGCUAUUGAUCGUGAGCAAAAACAACAAAAAAUUGAAAUUGAUUCCGAUGUCCAUACAAAGGAUAGUGAGAGAAUUGUCCUCGAAUGCACAGGCGAUCAAUGCUUUUGGAAAUUGAGGAAAAUUAAGUCUCUCGUACUCGAUCCAAGUUACAGUGUACUUGAAAAAGAAGUGAUAAUUACGAAUAAAAUGAUAGAAAAUAAACAGAAUAGCAAUGAAAAUGCACACGUUAAUUUAUUGUGCGUCUUUGAAAAAUGUCAAAAUCCACUGAACGUUAAAUUAAUAUUGAGCAGUAAAACCGGUGGUAAAGCUUAUAAGGAUUUUUCAAGUUUUCUCAGGGGGAAAAUUCCCAGUAUUGUUGAAAGAACACUGUCACAUAUGGUACAAUAUAAAAAAAGUUCAAUAACAUUCGAAAGAAUUGACGACUCAAAUAAAGAGUAAAAAAAAUAUCCAACACGGUAAAUACCGAAAAAAUUAAGUUUCAGAAUAAAACUCGAAUAGAUCUGAAAAGCAUUGUAAAAUAUAGUAUAAAAAUACACUUUUUUAGUUACUUUUAAAAUGUUUUGUUUAGAAUUGACAGUAUAUUUUUUUAACAGUUUUGACACACAAACUUAAGAAAGUUUAAUUUAGUUUAAAACAUUUGACAUAUUUUAAAUUUUGUUUUAAUAAUACUUUUCGCAUUUGUAAAGAAGAUAAGAUCACACGAAUUGUAUUCUCUUUUCAAUAAAACGACUGCAAUUAUUUCUUGCAUAAA